CUGAUUGAUCACUGCUUCAGUCAGUGUCAAACUGUCAACUUCAACUGUCACUCUCAGUUCCGCUCUUGCUCUGCACGGUGUGCUCACUGGUCGUAUUUACGGAAAAUAUUUAAAUUCUGUGGUUUUGUGUCGUGUUGUUUGGCGAAAGAAUCAUGAAUAGUGUAACAAGUUGCACCAGCACCUCUGGUGGACGUGUGGAGGACGUAGAGGGAGGACGAGGUGGUUCAAGUGGACCAAUACCGAUGGUGGCAGCUGAAGGUUCUGCUGAUGGCGCUGGUCCUAGCGGCAGUGGCAGUGGACAAGGACGCAGUGCCCGGCCCAAAAGGCCAGGACCUCACUCAAUCGAUGAGCUUGUCGUACAUCAAAUACAGGAUCUGCCGGCUGGCCGCGCGCUUGAAACAGCCACGUAUCAUGAACCGUCUAUAGAUGAAGACGUCCCCAUAAAUCAAGGUAGCGAUUAUGACUCUUAUGACGAGGACACGGUGGUGCCGGGGCUGAGGGUGUAUCUGAGUGAAUUAGACACACCCUUUGAUAGUACCGAGUACCGAGAGUCCGACGAUGAAGAUGAGCCCGCCACUGGAGCUGAGCCGGCCGAUGAUGACAUUCCCACCGAACACCCGAGGGAUCCCAAUGUAUUCGAAUGGAGAGACUUUCCGAGCCCUCAGAUUCCACCUGAACUGAGGCGCGAAAGUUUCUCCCAGAACAACGUCGGUCCCACGACUCCAUGUGACGACCCGUAUGACACUUUCGUUCAAAUAUGGGAUCGGCCAUUAAUGGAGUACAUAGCCGCGGAGACGAACCGAUACGCUCACCAGGCGGCAGCGCAAACGCUGGAGCCGCCCAACCUCCAUCCCAGAAGCGGCUUCGGCGAGUGGUAUGAUACCACGGCAGACGAGCUCUACCUUUUGUUUGGUUUAAUCCUGGAGAUGGGGGUCUCGUUCAUGUGGGAGAUCAGGGACUACUGGGAUGGCAGCCUUGACAUGUUGGGUGCGUCCAAUUUCAGCCCAUACAUGUCCAUGGAACGUUUCAUUAUUUUAAUGAAAUGUCUACAUUUUAACGACAACAGCGACAUGCGUGCGCCAGUACUGAACACCGAGGCGAGGCUGUUUAAAAUAAAACCAAUAUUGACACAUUUAAACAACAAAUUCCAGCAAAUGUACACACCGGCGCAAAACAUCGCACUAGACGAGACUCUGUUGAUGUGGAAAGGCUGGAUCGGCCGGCUCGUCUCGCGGGAAGCGAACCGGGGUGUCAAAAGUUAUGAGAUUUGGGAACCUCAGACCGGCUACCUUUGGCGGUUCGAGGUCCUAGCUCACAAUCCGCUCGAGGCUAGCACCCCGUCGAUCGUCUCGCGACUACUCCGAGGCUUAGAGUACAAGGGGUACACGCUGUGGAUGGAUGAUCAUUAUCAAUCUCCACGUUUGGCUCGACUGUUAAAGUCUUUAGGGUUCGACUGUGCUGGAACAGUGCGGACCGAUCGCGAGUUCGUCCCGCGGGCUCGCCUCAGUAAACGGAACCUGCGCCCGGGGCAGAAAACCGGCGUCACCUCGGGGGACGUCGACGUCAUGGUGUGGAGAGACGCGAGCUCCGCCAUGCUCUCUACAUACCACGGCGAUGGAGAGCACACAGUGAAUGGGUCCACCAAAGCCAUCGUGAUAUCGGACUACACUAUCAUAUUGAACGAGUUGAUAAAAAGAGAUCGGCUCUUGGCCGCGUACCCGUUUGAGCGGAAUCGGACGAGGGUGUGGUACAAAAAGUUGUUUUUGAAGUUGCUCAACGUGUCGGUUCUAAAUUCUUACAUUAUUUUCAGUCACUCCUCCCCAAAAAGUCAUCACAGUUUUCGCAAUGAUUUGAUCUAUUCGCUGAUUUCAAAGCACAGUUCUCGUCCGAUUCCGAUACAACCGCGAGUAGAGCUCAUCCACCACUUGAGUCGGUAUCCGAAGCCGAACAAGCGACGCUUGCGGCACCGUUGCACGCAAUGUCGUAAAAGGGUGCGAACAUUCUGUGUAGGGUGUGACUUAGCAGUAUGUAUGGAACCCUGUUUCCUCAUAAUGCAUUCAGAAAUGCACAACCUGCGACCACAAGCGAGCAGAUGUUAAUGGUAAUGACCGGGAGCGACGGCCACGAGCGGAUUCUAAUGGUAAUGACCGGGAGCGACGGCCACGAGCGGAUUCUAAUGGUAAUGACCGGAGGCGACGGCCACGAGCGGAUUCUAAUGGUAAUGACCGGGAGCGACGGCCACGAGCGGAU